ACGAUGGAUUCGCAGGAGCAAAAUCAGGUGGAAAUUCAAGCAGUCAAUCCAAUUCCCAAUCGACGCCCUAUCAACGAUCUGCAUUACAGUGCUAUUAAUAGUAACUAUCGGCAGCAGAACAAGCUAAACAGUAACAGUUCCAGCAGUGCAGCGAAUGCAACAUCCACGAACUCGUCCGGUAAUGGUGGUGAGGAAACGAAGGCACUCCUGCCGACAGUUGGCCCCAGUGGGCGCAAGUUUGUGAUCGUACCAUGUCAAACCGGUGGAGCUGUUGGAGAUCCGGGUGGAACGGCACCGGGCUCGAGUGGUGGAACGGGAAGCGCAAAUCCGGGAACAAGUGGAGUGAAGGUUGAACCUGGCGAGGGUUCGAUGUCUAGCGGUCCGAGCUCGAUAACCGUCCCGACGGCUCCGGUUGGCUCGUAUCUGAAGCCGAAAUAUUUCAACAGUCUCCGGUCGGUGCGAUCAGCGAACGAUCCACAAGGGUUAGCGAAUGCGCAACAGAACCAAACCACGAUCGUUCGUAGUGGUUCGUACAUAUUCAGCGAUGUCGGUGGUACGCCGCGGCUCUUUUCCGACGCCACCUCGAUCCGAUCGCUCGCCUCUAUCGGGAUGGGAUCGACCGAUGGGCGGCGAAUGGUCAUCCGCAGGGUACCGAACUCCCCGAACGAGCUGCUCACCAUGAUCAACCCACCGACCCCACCCGAUGAAACUUACGAGAACGAAAGCUAUGGUGGCGUGUCGGACGAUUCCGAUCUCGAUAAUCUCAAACCACGCAAGCAGCACUGGGCGAACAAGAUGCAGUUUGUGCUUGCCUGCAUUGGGUACUCGGUGGGCCUGGGUAACGUGUGGCGAUUUCCGUAUCUGUGUUAUAAAAGUGGUGGAGGUGUUUUUCUGGUGCCCUAUUUCAUCAUUCUGCUAAUCUGUGGAAUUCCCAUGCUGUUCAUGGAGCUGGCAGUUGGACAGUAUACGGGCCGAGGACCGAUCGGUGCACUUGGGCAGCUCUGCCCUCUGUUUAAAGGUACCGGUUUGGCGAGUGUGGUCGUUUCAUUCCUGAUGUCCACGUACUACAGUGUGAUCAUUGCGUAUGCAAUUUACUACUUCUUCACCUCGUUCCGGCCGGAGCUACCGUGGACGGAUUGUUCACACCGCUGGAACACACCCGACUGCUGGAUACCGGAACGAAUGAAGCACAACCUAACGCGCCCGGAUAUGUCCCGUACACCAACGGAGGAAUUUUUCGAAAACAAAGUCCUACAGAUUAGCCACGGUAUCGAAUAUCCGGGUGCGAUGCGAUGGGAGCUGGUAGCAUGUCUGGUCUGUGCUUGGAUACUGGUAUACUUUGCCAUCUGGAAGUCGAUCAAAUCGUCGGCAAAGGUUCGCUACCUGACGGCCACUCUUCCGUUCGUGCUGAUCGUGGUGUUUUUGGGACGCUCACUAACACUGGAGGGUGCGGACAAGGGACUGCACUACUUCUUUCGUCCAAACUGGGAAGAAUUGGGUAGAGCCAAUGUUUGGAUCAAUGCAGCAGCUCAGAAUUUCAACUCGAUCGGUAUUGCCUUUGGUUCGAUGAUAUCGUUCGCCAGCUACAACAAGUACAAUAACAAUAUCCUUCACGACACGCUGGCUGUGUCGUUCGUGAACGCCAUCACUAGUUUGCUGGUCGGUAUCUUUGCAUUCGCCACAAUCGGUAAUAUAGCGCUGGAGCAGAGUACUACCGUGGAGGAUGUGAUCAGCGGUGGUCCGGGGUUGAUCUUCGUCGUGUAUCCGCAGGCGUUAGCGAAAAUGCCUGCCGCACAGCUGUGGGCCGUGUUGUUCUUCUUCAUGCUACUUUGUUUGGGUUUGAAUAGUCAGUUCGCGAUCGUCGAAGUUGUGGUUACCUCUAUCCAGGAUGGAUUUCCUCGGUGGAUCAAACGGAAGCUCGUUUAUCAUGAGUUGCUGGUGCUGAUCGUGUGCGUCGUGUCGUUCUUCGCCGGUUUGCCCAACCUCAUACAGGGCGGAAUAUAUUUCUUCCAGCUGAUUGAUCAUUAUGCGGCGUCAGUUUCGAUCAUGUUUCUAGCCUUCUUUGAAACGAUAGCGAUCGCCUGGUUCUAUGGCAUCAAUCGUCUGUCGAAGAACGUGAAGCAAAUGACGGGACGUUAUCCAUCGUUUUAUUUGCGAUUCUGUCUGUUAAUCGCCGUCCCAUUGCUGCUGAUCUCGUUGUGGAUAUUCAGCCUGAUAAACUAUGAAGCACCAACGUAUCAUAAUGGAAAGUACCACUAUCCAGGUUGGGCUCACGGACUUGGAUGGACAAUCGCGUCCGCUUCUUUGGUUUGCAUUCCAUCGUAUGCCGUGUAUCAGAUCGUUCGUGCCGAGGGAGAUACAUUUGGCCAGAAACUGCUGAACACAUUGAAGCCGAAUAUAUACGAGUGUAAGAUAUGUGGUGAACACCAUUGCGAUCAUGACUUCCCCGAUGAAGAUUUGGGACCGGAGAUGGCAAUCGUCGAGUCGACGUCCGGCGCACCGCUAAUUCUGCAGCCACCUCCCCCAGGACACAUGAAUUACACACAGCAACAUCAGCAGCAACAAUUAAAUCCUCAAGAAGAACCGAUGCUGCGCACCACCAACACCGUUCCCACCAGUAAUGGUCCACAUAAUUCAAACGCUAACGGCGAAACGCGAUGA